AUGUGGAAGCCCUUUAUUUUCCUGUGUUCAGUGGUGUUACGCGUUCUUGGUGCUAGCAUCGACCAUUACCAACCCGAACAGGUUCACCUGUCCUACACUGGCCAGCCAGCAUCUAUAACAGUGACCUGGACGACCUUCAGUUGGACUCCAUCUAUGGUAGAGUUCAGUCCUCUUCCAGGACCACCUUUAUUUAACCUCACAGCUUAUGGUGAGACAACCUUAUUCGUGGAUGGAGGACCGAUGAAGCGGAAAAUGUAUAUCCAUCGGGUUACCCUGAAGAACCUGAUUCCUAGCCAGAGAUAUGUUUACCACUGUGGCAGUUCACUUGGCUGGAGCCCUCAGUUUUAUUUCCGGGCCCUUCGUAAUGACCCAUCAUGGGGCCCACACUUGGCUGUGUUUGGAGAUAUGGGGAAUGAGAAUGCGAAGUCACUAUCUCGGCUCCAGAAGGAAACCCAGAUGGACAUGUAUGACGCCAUACUCCAUGUGGGCGAUUUUGCAUAUGAUAUGGAUAAGGAUAAUGCUCAGGUGGGUGACGAGUUUAUGCGCCAGAUUGAGUCAGUGGCUGCCUAUGUUCCCUAUAUGACCUGUCCUGGAAACCAUGAAGAGGCCUACAACUUUUCCAAUUAUCGCAUGCGGUUCACCAUGCCAGGAGACACAGAGGGCCUGUGGUACAGCUGGGAUCUUGGACCUGCUCAUAUUAUCUCGUUCUCUACAGAGGUUUAUUUCUACCUGAAAUAUGGCGAAGAAUUGGUGGCAAAGCAGUUUAACUGGCUACAAAGGGAUCUUCAGGCCACCAGCAAGGCUCGUCGUUCUGAGCGCCCAUGGAUCAUAACAAUGGCUCACCGUCCUAUGUAUUGCACCAAUUUUAACAGUGAUGACUGUGCCCAAGUUAACAGCACGACACGUACUGGGCUACCAGGAGGCCAGUAUGCACUGGAGGAUUUGUUCUAUAAAUAUGGGGUGGAUCUGGAAAUCUGGGCACAUGAACAUUCCUUUGAGAGGCUCUGGCCUGUGUAUAACCGCAGGGUGUAUAAUGGAUCCAUUGAUGCCCCAUACACCAAUCCCCGGGCUCCUGUCCACAUAACCACAGGAUCUGCUGGCUGUAAUGAGAGGCUUGAUCCAUUCUUUCCUCUACACCGGGAGUGGAGUGCAGUAAGGAUUGAAGAUUAUGGCUAUACUCGGAUCCACGUUGCCAAUAAGACUCACAUACACAUUCAACAAGUGUCCGAUGAUCAGGAUGGAGAGAUCGUGGAUGAUAUAUGGCUGAUUAAAGACAAGAGCUAA